AUGGCCUCUCAAGCGGUUUCGUAUCUUUUGCAUAUACUCCCAUUUGUGUUCCUGUGGAUUGCUUUAUUGCGUGAUUGGCUUCCAGGUACACACGACUUCACAAUCAAUAAUUACGAUAUCAUCCUCUACAUGCCAGUCUAUGCGAUCGUGAUGCUUGGGAUAUAUGGAGUGUGCAAUGUUCUGUAUGGUGUGGCAACAUUCAACGAUUGUUAUCUAGCGCGUGACGAACUCAGGAAAGAAAUUGAUGAAGCUAGAGCAGAACUUCGAAAACGAAAUAUCAUUUCUUAA